CUGGGGUUCAGUUGGCUUAAACUGUGUGUGUCUCUCCACAGCCACUCGGGGGCGCAGUGCAUCACCUGCUCGUACAAGGCGAGCUCGGGGCUCCUGUACCCCCUGGAGAGGGGCUUCAUCUUCGUGCACAAGCCCCCCCUGCACCUGCGCUUCGACGAGGUGUCCUGCGUGAACUUCGCCCGCGGAACCACGACCACGCGGUCCUUCGACUUCGAGAUCGAGAGCAAGCAGGGAGGCCAGUACACCUUCAGCAGCAUAGAGAGGGAGGAGUACGGAAAACUGUUUGAUUUCGUCAACGCCAAGAAACUGAACAUCAAGAAUCGGGGACACAAGGAGGGUAUGAAGGGAGGUGAUAAUGCGUACUCAGACUCUGAUGAUGAUCAGCAUGAUGCUUACCUGGAGAGGAUGAAGCAGGAGGGCAAGAUCCGAGAGGAGGCAGCGAACGACAGCAGUGACGAUUCAGGAGACGAGACCGAUGAGUCUUUCAAUCCUGGUGAAGAGGAUGACGAUGUCGCUGAAGAGUAUGACAGCAAUGCCUCUGAGUCAGAGUCGAGCGGAGAGGGGGGUGGGAGCGAUGACGAGGAGGAGGAGAGGAAGAAACCAGCCAAGAAACCUAAACUAGUGAAAGAGAAAGUGGAGAGAAAGCCUAGGAAGAAAGCAGAGGGUAAGAAGCAGAAGGACCCAGGGGCCCCGAAGAGGCCCUUGAGCACCUACAUGCUGUGGCUCAACGCCAACCGGGACAAGAUCCGCGCAGAGUACCCGGGCAUCAGCAUCACGGAGGUGUCCAAGAAAGCUGGGGAACUGUGGAAGAACAUGACCAAGGAGAACAAAGAGGAAUGGGAUCGCAAAGCCGAGGAGGCCAAGAGAGACUACGAGAGAGCGAUGAAGGUGUACAAGGAGAGCGGGGGGGGCACCUCCUCCACCGCCACCCCCAAAAAGGACAAGAAGUCCUCUUCGAAGGGGAAAGGCAGGGACAAGAAAUCGAAACCCUCGUCUAAAAGUAGCAGCGCCACCAAGAGUCCGGCCAAGGCAACUGCGGGAGAGAACGAGAGCUUCAAGAGCAAGGAGUUUGUCUCGAGUGACGAGAGCUCGGGGGAAUCGGACCAGGGGAAGAAGAGCGAGGGUUCUGAUGAUGAGGAGAUCGCCAGCACUCCCCCCAGCUCUGCAGAUUCGGGUUCGGACUGAACCAGUCCUGUGAUCCCCAGAGAGUCGGGUUUACACUGAAGAACUGCAAACCAGUGCAAUCCCAGUUCAGUCCCAGUUCAAACUCCUGUUUCUGUACCAUUUCCAUCAGCUACUUCAUAAAUUCAAUGUAAAUUCAAUGGCAAACGUUUCCACUAGAAGUCUUUCUCAGCGUCUUCAGUGUAAAUUCAAUGGCAAACAUUUCCACUAGAAGUCUUUCUCAGCGUCUUCAGUGUAAAUUCAAUGGCAAACGUUUCCACUAGAAGUCUUUCUCAGCGUCUUCAGUGUAAAUUCAACAGCAAACGUUUCCACUAGAUUCAACUCUGAAGAUGCUGAUAAAGACUUCUAGCAGAAACGUUUGCCAUUGAAUUCACAAAGUUUCUUUUUCAACAUUGAGAGCUGAGCAGCACCCAGAGGCGGGUGAGAUUUUUGGGAGGGUUGACUUUGUGAGCUGCGAUCUCUAAGCAGAGAUCCGGGGGGGGCUGGGGGGGUGGGUCAGCUGCCCACGUCUGUCUCGUUUCACACUCCUGUGCAGAAUGUUUGAUGGGACCUGUGACUCCUCUCAUGAUGUGAACGGCGAGACGCAGCUCUGCCACACUGAUUUCCUGUUUGUAACCUUCAUUUCUUUGUUGUUUUUUUUUUUAAAUAAAGCAUUUAAACACAAAA